UUGUCUCUCCGUGGACGAGACUCAUACAAGUGGCCUCUUUUUGUGCAUGACAAGAAAUUCAACCGGCGAGACAGCCGACCGUCGGCGAACCUGACGCGGUUAGCCGUGAGUGAGACGAUAUAGACCAUAUAGGUGUAUAGAGCCGCGGGAACACCGCACAGCCUAAGGCCCAUGGAGGCUGCCGCAGCAGAAAUAGUGUCUGGUAUUAAUAGCAGAAUAGUAUAUGGCUACCGCAAAAAAAACAAUACAACAACAAGAAAAAAAGACUGAAUAGCGCUGGACGCCGAGUGCUGAAACCUACAACGUACCAUCAUUCGUGUUGUGGUUGACGAUGCGCGAGUUGAAGGAGAGAUUACUCAAUGGCCGCUGUGAUGACGACGAUGGCAUAGACUCAACACAAUAUUGUAUUAUGUAUAGAAAGUGCGAUCAGAUGAUGGUGUCCCCCUGAUAUUAGUGAAUGCCAUUUGAUAGACAUAUUGUCGCUUGAUUUUCGUUGUUUCGCGAAAGGCACUAGACUGUACGAGUUAAAAACGGCCUACGGUGAUAACUGUAGCGGCAGUAGUUGCGAGAACACCACGUGCUGUUCGUCCCCUGAGUAUAAUAGACAUGUCGAUUGUCUGAUUAAUAAACCCAGAGGGAUCUUCAUUAUCAAUGACUUCUAUCUAAUCACUGGGCAUACAUAUGUUUCAACUUACCUACGACCACUAGCAGCACUACCGUGUAGCUCGCUACUUAACCGUUGUUCGUUGCGGAUGUAUCGUGUGCACUCAUAAUGUACUGGCGGGAUGGUGAAAUGAAAAUGUGUUGAUCUGGACUAUCGUAUUGUCCUAUAUUGUUUCCCUAGCAUUGAUGUACAGUCCGAUAAACGCUAAAUGUUGUAGUGGUAAGACAUCAUCCAAGCAAGCAGUACUUUCAGGCUCAUUUGUGUCCUGCUUAAAAUGGUGUGGACUUCAAAAAGUUUCUUCCCGUCGCAUAUGUGAGAGCAAGGAACAGCAAACUGCUGCUGAUCUACCCAGAAGAAGGCCUGGCGUCUUUCCAAGGUCCUGCGCUAGGCUGGUUAUCCGACUUCGUCCUGGCGACGCAUUAGUGAAACGGCCAAAGCGGCCUUACGGCUCAUUUCGCGAUGUGGUUGUAUAUCGCCUUCUUCGUGCUCGCCGGUAUCAUUGUGCUGGCAUUAAUUAUUCGAAGCGUGAUUCGUACUACUGUGUACUAUGACCAAAUUCCAGAUCUCAAUGGCAAGACCAUCGUUGUAACAGGCGCUUCAAGCGGACUUGGCUUGCAUCUGACGGAAACUUUGGUGAAGCACGGGGCCCGCGUCAUCACAAUCAACAGGCAUCUGGAUGACAUCAACUUCGUGCAGCAUUUUGCGAGCGAGAUUGUCCGAACAGAGAAUCGUAUUGACUGCCUCGUAAACAAUGCAGGGAUUUUAUGCGAUCCGGAAUUCAGCACUGACGGCGUCGAUCGGAUGAUGGCUGUCAACUUUGUCGGUCAUUUCCAGCUGACUCGUUUAUUAUUGCCGAAGAUGCGCGCUUCGGAACAUGGCCUCGGCCGGGUCGUAAACAUCACGUGUGGUCGCUUUGCGGAGGGUGAUCUUCAUCUGCUAUUUGAUAUGCAACGAAUGGAACUUAAAUCUGGAACUUCAUAUAAAAUCCGCGACUGGUAUUACGCUUCGAAGCUUGGUCUUUACCUCAUGAGCCGCGAACUAUGCCGCAGGUAUAAAUCUAAUGAGUUGUGCUCAAUCUGCGUAGAUCCAGGUCUUCUAUCAACAAGUUUUUACACUCGAUUACCACAGCCACAUCGCAGUGUGUGGUGUCUCUUAGCGAUGUUAAUGUUCCGCUCGCCGGAAGAUGGUAUCCAAAGUGUGCUAUUUGCCCUCUUCGACGAAAAGGUUCAAUCAUGUUCAGGAAUGAUGAUUAAGGACUGUAAGAUAUACGAUCCUGCCGAUGCUGAGUUUCUUCGGAGGACACGUUCCGUCAAUAUGUCCGAGCGCGUCUGGGAUGUUACCGAGCAGCUGAUCGAGGAUAAACUAGAUAAGGCUGAUCUGGCUGUCAAUAUAGGCCCGCAAUUACGCACUGACUGCCACUGCUUCCGUACGAUUAUAACUGGACGAACGAACCACUAGACAGCGGAGCCAUCGCAGCUAAUUGUUAUAUAAAGCCUAGUUAGGUACUGUCAAAUAGCUGGGCUACACAAUCUGUACUGGUCCAGUGACGAGGCUUUUGCUACCACUAGGCACUUUUCUCCCAUCUCUGAUGAUAUCGACGAACGGUGAAACGCUCGGUGAAUAGCUCAUUGCAAAUUUGCAAGGGUUGAUGUGUUUAGUGACUUUAUCAUCUGUCAUCUAUAUUAUUGACAUAUGUCCAAAUUGCAGAAUAAUAGGAAAACAUCAAGCGAAGAUCUACUGUUUAAUUCUCU